AUGAAGUAUUUUAAGGACGAUUGUCUUUCUAAAUUCUCAGCGAAAUUUAAUAAUCCAAAAAUUGAGAACGCGUUCGCUGAAAUGCUCUAUAAGAAGAGAUUGUAUCUGGUCUAUACUUUGUGCUUUUACGAAAUCAUUUGGUAGAUCUGUAGGAUAAUAAGUGAUGGAUUUACUAUCCAUUAAGGAAUUGUUAUAAUAGCCAUUGUUAUUUUUUUAAUUUUAAAUAAAUUCGUUCCUCGUAAAUAUGCUUAGUAUUUAGUUAUGAUUAUGUAAGUUUACUCCACUUACUCCACCUAAGAUCUUUUGGCACAUGAAUCAACUAAUCAUUUAUAGAUAUUCUUCUUGAAUGGAUGCACUCAAGUGAUGUAUUGGAUGGUAGAGGUUUAAAACUUUUUAAUGGAAGGGAUAUGCAUGCAAAUAAACUUAACAAUACUAUUGAUUUAUUAAAAGUUAGAUAAUGUUUACAUUUUGAGCUAUAUUAUUGUUUGUGAAAUUAUUGUUUUUUACAAAUAUUCACACAAUAUCAACGAGAGGAAGCUCUUUCUGGCUCUGUAAAAUUUUUAGUAAUGGGAGAAGAUGACUGAUAAGAUUCUCCCCAACUACUAUAUAGUCUAAAAGUAUGACACAAUAACUGGUUAAAUAGAUGUUUAUGACUGCAAUAAAAUAGCUCAGAAGCACAAAAUUCACAUCAGCUAACCGAAUUACAUAGAAUUCCUAACAAAAAUGCAGCUUGAUAUUCAGUUUAUGAGUACUGGUAGUCCUAACAAAUUAACUGAAGUUCGGACUUUAAAAGAUUACUUAUUAGAGAUGCAUAGUGACUUAUACAAGGACAUGCAAGAUAAAAGUAAGAGUAAGAAGGUUUUCCCUUUAAUUCAACCAAUAAUGCUUGAUUAAGAAAGGAAAAAAAAAUUAUCAGAAGAUAUUGAACUCUAAUCAAGUGAUUUAUUUGCGGAAAAUUUAAGAGUUUACUAUUAACAGGAUAUUUCUCAAAAACUGUAAACAUUUAAAGUAAAAAUAGUACCUUUUUAUUUAAAUAUUAAUUAACCCUUGCUUAUCAUUUGCUUAGAAGACAUUAGUUUGUUUUCUUCCUUUCAAAGUUUAAAAAACCAAAAAGAAUUCCAAUCAGACUUAUUUAAUAACUCAUUUAGCUGUCUCUCAUAGAAAUUUAAUAAUAUACUUUCUUAAGACUCAAUUAAUUUGAAAUCUUUACAAAGACAAAUUCUUUAUUGUAAAAAUAUCACUUAAGCUGUGAGCAACGAAGAUGUUAAAAUGAAGAUUUCUAAAUUUUCUUUGGGUGAUUUAAUAGGCAAAUUACUUAAACUCUACAGUGAUUUUAACAUUUUAGUAUUUCAUAAAAACAAAGAACAACUCUUUAUUUAAUCAGAAUAGUUUUAUUGCUUUAAAAUAAUGUAAGCAAUAUUAAGUGGGAUUAAUUUGAAAAAUUUGAUUAAAAUAGUAACAAAAAUAAAGAAGAAAUCUCAUUUUGAAAUCAUCAAAGUAAAAUUCAAAGUAAAAAAUGCUAAUUCAGAAGAUUACUAAACAAUUUCAUUUGAAGAUGUGAGCAAUUUAAAUAAGUUGGAAGCUUAUGGCAAUUUAAAUUUUUAGUCAAUUUCUUAACUGAACAAUUUAAGUUAAACUUACUCCUAACUAAAACCUGCUUUAUCAAGUAUUUAAAAUAAUUUAUCUCCAUUGUUAAUCCAGAAAAAGAAUAAUAACUAUAUCAAUAACUUCAACAAUUUCAAUAGCAAUUUCGCAAGCACAGUAUUUUAAGAUGACUAAGAUUUAUUCUUCUAUGAGUCUCAAGGUUUUUCGCUUGUAAAUGAACGAUGUAAUAAGUAUAUCAAAAAAUUCAUACAGAAAAUAUGCUUCAAAAAUGAUAUUAAAGUUACUAAAAAAGAAAAUUCUACCAUUUAUAGCAUUGGUAUUUUUACUGAUAUUGAAGAUGUACUUCCUGAGUUAAAAAAAGGAUCAAAGAGAGUUAUUUGA